GAUUUAGGUAUGUAUAUAGAUGUGGAUCAGUUUGGCCAGCGCCAGACCAAAACCCAGUCUCGACGUCGUCGUUUUGCAGCAGCGGAGCUGCGAUCACUCCGUCCGUCGUCCGGUCGCCUCCCGGCGCAAGGCUGGUGUCCAUAGGUCCGUCUCGUUGUCCCCGUCCUCAAGAUGAUCUUCGUUUUCGAUGGGAAGCUUCGGUGAGAGAGAAAAGGAGGAGAGAAGGCGAUUGGGUUUCCGGUCGAGUUCAUGAUUCCGGCCACAGCGGCGAGCGUGGCCGGUAUUGGUAACUUCCUCUCGUCCUCGUGGUCUUCCCUAUGUCGUCAGUUUUUUCAGAAGAGGUCAGGAGAGAGAGAUUCGAAGUGGAGAAGGAGAGGCUGGGUUCGCCGGCGAGUUUCCGAUUCCGGCAAAGUCGAGGUCUCUCACUGGUAUGGAUAGCUUCAUUUCAAUCUCAGGAACCUUUCCAUGUUCCUGGUUUUCGAAGAGAAGCUCGGAGGAGGGAGAAUCGAAGAGAAGAAGUUUUGGGAUUUUCCGGCGAGGGUUUGACGGAUUACGACUUCUGCGUUCGACUCAGAGGAGGACCGCCGUGUGUGCUGUUGUGUAUGGCGGCGGCGGUACUGGUGGUUGAUGGUUCUGGGUUUGGUUUAUGUUUUGGAUGAAAUUGCAGGACAUGAUGUUGGUGUAGUAUGCUUCAAUUUCCAGAGAGUUGAGAUUUUAGUGUUGGAAUUUUGGUGUUGUGAGGAUUACUGUGUUUGGUCUUUGUAGCGGCAAUAAUGGGUGAUGGUGAUUUUGGCUUAUGAAUUGCAGAAGUUGUGAAUUUGGAGAAAACAAAAUAUAAGUUUUGGAAGUAAUGGACAGAUGGUUUUGUUGACGUUGAGCUUUUGUGCUUAACAUUUUGGUCUCUGUUUGUGCUAAAUUAGGAUAUUUUGGUUGAGAAAUGGAAUUGAUUUCAGGGAACGAAGGAUUGGGCAGUAUGACCAAUUACGAUGAGAGGAAGCAAGUAUUAUUAGAGCAAUGGAGCAAGGAAUGAUGACAUAUGUUGUCUGGUAUAAAGAUUGGAAUAUAAGCUAUGUGUAUACGGGAAAGUGAGUUAAGGCAAUGGUUGAUUAAGUUUCAUGUGGAGUUUGGAUUAGUGCUUGGUAGAUAAUUGGGUAUCAACGAUAUUUGAUUAAGAAAGAAGAGAAGAAAUGACGAAUAAGGAUUUAGGUGUCCUUAGUAAAUUUCAGAAUUUGAUUAAGCUGAUUUGAAGUGACAUGUCAACAUUCUUGGAAUAAGGUGAUAUGAGGAUUGAAUGCAAGUAGCAGGAUUUGCAGAAGGAUAAGGAUUUCAGAAGCGUGUUGCAGUGUUACUAAUUUUAAUUAGCGUCGGAGCUAGCGCUUGGAUUCUGGGUAGGGUCUCUCUCGGGGAACCUUUGUUUAAAUGGAUAUUUAGAUUAUAAUUGAAAUUGAUGUUUUGUGUGUCAUUGAGUGAUUAACUUUUUAUUGUUAUUGUUUUCGAUAAAAGUAUUUGUAAUCGGUGAUUUAUAUAAUUAAUGUUAUCGACUUAUCGCUUUCCAUAAAAGCAUGUAUUGGAUGAU